UAAACACCACUAAACGGUGCAUCGGAUUUACACUCACGACAAACAUUAGACAUCGUUGUCUAUCGCUGGAAAUAAAGCUACUCUUUUAUUUUGCACCAUAAAUAUUCUUUAUAAAUUUAACUAAUAUUAGACCCUCAGACCGCCCGCCAAACCCCAUUGCUAUAACUCGCACCCACGCAAUAGCCAUCUUCAAACAGCAGUAUCUUGAUCAAUUGUCCUCUAUCCAUGGCAUUCUGGAAUAGAAUCAGCCGCCCUUAUCCACUCAUUACCUCUUCCAUCCCAGUUAUCCGUCAGAGACGCCCUCUGUCAAUGGCACAAGCGCCCGCCUGGCUGAAGCCAGUUCUAUCAGACACAUCGGUGCCACCAACGCUCUACGCCUGGACUCCAGCAAACCUGAAUCUCCCUUACACUCCACAGCGAAGGGAUAUUCAAGAUGAAUCCUCUCGCAUCUACAUCAUCGGUAUUGGUAACCUGGGUCGCAUGUACGCGGCGUACCUGUCGUUGGUAACCCCAACACCUCCACCAAUCACGCUCGUCGUCCACAGAGAAUCACUGUUAUCCCAAUGGAUCGAAAACAAUGGGGUAGAAGUAACUCGUCAGGGCGUUCUUCACCAGUCAAAGGCGUACGACAUUGAGUACUGGUCCGAAGAGAAGCCUGCUACAGGGCCAGUGCAGCAAGUUCAACCCCUCCGAAACGUUCUAGUGACAACAAAAGCGACCGCGGCUAUGCCUUCUGUGGAUCGAAUCCGCGGCUAUCUCGACUCACAAAGCACUGUGGCCUUUGCACAGAACGGCAUGUCCAAACUUUGGCCACCCCACGGUUCUGCGUACAUGACGCACCGCUACCCCAAUGGCAACGGGUUCAAUGCCCUUCUUUGCGUGACAAACCACGGGGUAUUGUCCGAAGGUCCCUUUAAGAGCUUACAUGCAGCUCCUGCAAACGUCUCCAUUGGCUCCGUCUUCCCGGGUCACGAUGUAUCCCAAAACUACCUGGCCCAGCAGAUUUUGGCUGCGCCCUUUAUUGACGCUAAGGCGUUUCCCACGGCAGACUUAUGGGUAGUCCAACUUGAGAAGCUUGUCGUCAAUGCGUGCUUAAAUCCUCUCACAGCUUUGCUGCGCCAGAAAAAUGGUUUUAUUUUUCAAAACCCAGAUGGGCCCAUCAUCAAGGUACUUGAUUGUAUCAUUGCUGAAGCCAGUGCUGUUCUCCAAGCACUCGCCAAAAGUGACGCUAGCACCUCUAUUCUAGCAUCUUCUGAGAGCGAUAUUGCUAUACUACGCCAAACCCUUGUGGAGCGAUUUUCUUUUGAUAAGCUUAGAUCCCUGGUCUACGCAGUCGGAGAAAAGGUCAAGGAAAAUCGCAGCUCAAUGCUCCAAGAUGUCUGCGCGGGCAAAGGCACAGAAAUAAGAGACUUUAAUGGCUGGUUUGUCGACAUGGCUACCUUUCUGGAUCCCUCUAUAGAUGUUUCAACAAAUCAGAAACUCGUAGAGCUUAUUGAGAAUGGAGCGGCACAGCUAGACGAGACAUCACUCAGUCAAAGCAUGUUAAAAUAGUCAUAAUGAAUAAUAACAAAACAAAGUUCUUAUCUU